GACAGCUAUCAGCAUCUAAACAACACUCGCCAUCCAGAAUCCGCAGCAAUCAGACGACGAAACUUGGCAUCCGGAGGACAGAUUUUCCGCAAAAACUCCCCGCAAAUGGACGUGGACGAGGCUGUGCAAACCAUUUGCGACUCGACGGCUUCGCUUACGGAAGGAUGUCGGCUACCGGUGCGAAUGACCGGCACGAAUGAUUGGCCGCUGGCGGAAAUCAUCAGCAUCAAGGAAGCCACGGAUAAAUCGGUUUGGUACUACGUGCACUAUGUAGAUUUUAACAAACGUUUGGACGAAUGGGUACCGGAAGAGUAUUUGGAUACGAGGAAAGUUCAGUUCCCCCGGAAAGAUGGUUUAGCAACUGGUCAGAACACAGGAGUAACGACACCGAAGCGGAUACCAAUCGGAGAGCGGUCACGUCCUGCCAGUCCCGUGUUGCCACCGGAUAUUCUGAAUGGGGGAGCAGUCCUGGCGGCAGCCCUGCAAAAGAAGAUCAACCGUAAGCGAAAAGCCACCUCCACAGAGAACGAAGACUCACAGGAUGUUCCGUCGACGCCAACGCCGCGACAGUCCGGAAGUAUGGUCAUGCACCAUGACGAUGUCGUGACCCGCAUGAAGAAUGUCCAGCUGAUAGAACUCGGUCAGCACAGGAUCAAACCGUGGUACUUCGCGCCCUACCCUCAAGAAAUGUGUUCCAUGUCCUGCAUCUACAUCUGCGAGUUUUGUCUGAAGUACCGAAAGAGUCGGAAGUGCCUGGAGAGGCACAUCAAGAAGUGCAAUCUGAGGCAUCCGCCGGGCAACGAAAUCUACCGGAAGCACACGAUAAGCUUCUUCGAGAUCGACGGCCGCAAGAACAAGAGCUACGCGCAGAACCUGUGCCUGCUGGCCAAGUUGUUCCUCGACCACAAAACGCUCUAUUACGACACGGAUCCGUUUCUGUUCUACGUGAUGACCGAGUUCGACUCGCGGGGAUUCCACCUGGUGGGGUAUUUUUCCAAGGAGAAGGAAAGCACCGAGGACUACAACGUGGCCUGUAUACUGACGAUGCCGCCGUACCAGCGGAAGGGCUACGGCAAGCUGCUCAUCGAAUUUAGUUACGAGCUGUCCAAGUUUGAGGGCAAAACUGGCUCCCCGGAGAAGCCGCUGUCGGAUUUGGGUUUGCUGUCCUACCGAAGCUACUGGGCGCAGACGAUACUGGAAAUACUGAUUCUGGCGAAACCGACCGGAGACAACGAGAAGCCACAGAUUACCAUCAACGAAAUCUGCGAGCUAACCAGCAUCAAGAAGGAGGACGUGAUCUCGACGCUGCAGAUCCUGAAUCUGAUCAACUACUACAAGGGCCAGUACAUCAUCUGCAUCAACAAGGAGACGAUCGACCAGCACAAGAAAGCCAUGGAGAAGCGCAAGAUCCGAAUCGAUAGCAAAUGUCUCCACUGGACGCCCAAGGACUGGUCCAAGCGGUCCAAGUGGUGAACCGCCGGCGUGUGUUUGUGUUUUUUUGUGUAAUUUUAUCUGUAGAAAAACUGUGUUCCCACCUCCCGCCGUGUCUCCUUCCCUGGCAAAACGAAGCAUAGUGAAUUGUAAAAAAAAAUCAAAACCUAUCCCAAGUAACCGCUAGCACGUUAA